UCUCUCAGUGAAACUCUCGAAGGAUCGUUCUUCGGCUACUUGUACCCUCCUCGUCUGCAACGCGUGCAACAUGAGGAUUAUAUCUCUGGUAAUCCCACUAUGCUUACUACUGCUGACAGAGGCGAAACGUGUGGAGCUCCGGCCCCGCAUCGCCGAGCCGCAAGUUUACUACGAAGAAGAUAGUCAAGCGGACGAAGACGAUUACAACCCAGCAGUCUACCAGCCGCGAACCCGUGCCCUUCCUUCGCCACGCUCGAAGGACGCUUUGCACUCAUCCAAGCCACCACCAGUCCAGACAAUUCGCAAUUACAACAAGGUCAACGACGAUGGAUCUUUCACUUUCGGCUACGAGGCGGCAGAUGGUUCAUUCAAGGAGGAAACUCGCGGCACCGAUUGCGUGGUGCGCGGUAAAUACGGUUACAUAGACCCUGACGGCAACAAGCGAGAAUUCACGUACGUGUCCGGAAAUCCGUGCGACCCGAACGCACCGAAAGACGAUGAAGAAGAUGUCGAGAAACAGGAGGAGGAUGAUCUGUCUGGACCAGCUAACUACCCUUCUGUGAGACCAGUACCACGACCGGUGCCUGUGAGACCGACUUAUCAGCAAUCGACGACAAGAGCACCUACCACCAUUUUCCAAACGCAGUAUCAGUUGGACGAUGAUGCCAGUCAGGAGUUGAGCGAGGACGACUAUGCUAAGCCAGCGCAAUUAAGACCAGCACAAUACAGAGCGCCUCAACAGCCAACCUACGUUCAAGUGACGCCGUCGACAGCUCUCUACGAACCGUCACCCACAGCCAGUCCUGGCCUCUACAGACUCGCUUCCUCCACGAACCAAUAUCAAAGCACAGCGUCGCCCGUUCUUCGCACCCAACCAACUGUCGGCUCAACGGCCUAUCAGACCCUCGAAACGACGACCCGUCGUCCAGUAACGCGUCACCCGAAGCCUCAAUCCGUCGCAAUCACCCCCAGACCCCACGUUGCACAAGUGGCUGCCCAGUACGUGUCCCCCAGUAGCACCGAGCGCGCAGCUUUGUCCUAUACUCGCCCGGCAGUCACUGCAUCGCCCAAUCUACGAAGCACAACGGUCUCUAGCGCAGCUCACCUUGACUUUGCCGCUGAACUCGAACGUUACGUGAACACUGUCGGUGUGCCCAGUCCCAAGCCCGCGCAGUCGCCCGAACCAUCGAAAGUAAGGUUAGCCGGGCAAGCGCCGAUCGCCGCUUCCGCCGCAGACCCCAUCUACCAGUCGGAGCUCGUGUACGAUCCCUCUACCGGUCAGUACAAUACCCAACUUUAUCAGUCACUACCCCAAACCGUGGGUGACUUCACCCUAAGUCACAAACUCCAACCGUUCGUAGCCCAGCCACAGUCCUACCUUGGACUGCAGCAGCUGCAGCAGCUCCAGCCCCAGCAGCCCCAGCGUCAGUCCCCGCUUUAUAAGCAACCGGCCCAGGCCCAACCCUCCCCGGCCGUCAACCAACCCCAGGAAGUGUUGUACAGGAAACAGCAGUCCCAGCUGUUGCAGCAAUCGCAGCAGCUGUACGCUCAGCAGCAGAGACGCCAGCAGCAGCAGCAACAGCAACAGCAGCCCGCACAGUCGCACAGGCUUCAACUGCUAGAGUCGCAGACACAACCCCAGUCGUUCUACUACGUUGCACCAGCAAGGUCCUCGAACGCAGCCAGUGCACCUCUUUCUGUAGGUCAGAUCGAUCAAUAUCUUCGAGCCAGUGCCGCUCAUUACUGAUUCAAUUUAGCGAGUGAGUCUUUUCGAUUUGUGAAAUUUAUACAGGGAGUUAUCUUUCUUUAAUCUGAUAUUUAGUCGGCGACUUUUUACGGUGCUGCUAAUGGGCCUGGCGCGUGGCCGUUAAGAAUAUUGUUCAUUAAGCAGGCACCUUGCGGAUAUUUAAUGUCAAGGAGCAAUCGAAAUUUUGAGGUUGACUUUUUUUUAUGUCGUUAAUGUUAUAUGUUAUGCAAUUGUUUACGGUUUCAUUUGUUUUUGUAUUAUGUGUAUGCGCGAUUUUAUGCUCCUUGAAAUGUUGUGUUCAGUGCACAAAACAUCGGCACCAGAAUUCCUGUCGCGUUGCGAACAUCGGUUUUUUGCAGAAGCGUAAACAUAACAACGUUGACAAUAUCGACCAAAGCACACUAUAAGAACGUUGACAUAACACUGGUACUGUGAUAGUAUUAACUUCCAAAAUCGCAUAUUUAACGUUUUUUACUGGAUGUCUAUCCAAGUUGCGAGUUAUGAUGAACCAAGAGUUACUUUUUGGAAAAUUUUUAGUAAACUAAAGUUUGCAAUCACAAUUUGAAUAAACUAAUCGCCUUAACUCUUUUGCUACAAAGGGCUUAUAAGAACACUCUCAGAAGACAUAGUCAUUCACGGGGUGACCCUCUUGAAAACUGCAUUAACUGAGGCAUAUUACUGCUAACCAAUAUACAGACCUAAAAACACGAAAAAAUAUUUUCUAAGAAUGUGAAAAGCAGUAUAUAAAAGUUUUUAUCACGAGUAUUUUAUCUUGUCAUAUUUUUAUAUAUUUCUUACCAUCCAUAAAAUAUUAAAAUUACAAAACUGAUGAAAACUUGCAUAUACCUCUAAGAACUUUGCUUCCGAAAUUUGAUAAAAUUAUGAUUACUGUAUCGGAACGAAGGGUUAAGUAAUUUCUUUUAUAAACCUAAUUUAUGAUGCCAUUUCAUAAAUAAUCUAUAAUAAAAUGUUCGAUAUUUAAUGAUGUGUAAAAUAUCAGUUUUUAGAGCAAACUUUUGAAACACAUUUCAUGUUUAGAUCAACUGUCGUUAGAGAGUGAAAGUCAAUGACCUAACGCAAUACCGACGCACACGAGACACAUUACCAUAGUAAUUUCUCGUCGUAUACGGUAACAUGCUACACCGCACAGAUUCCACGCCAUGACUAGAAUAUUCAUCGUGUAUACACGAAAACAUUUCAAGCACGAUCCCGACCUACGCACUGACCGAUUUACAAAACGCCAGUCCGUAGGAUUGAAAGGUUCGCUAUCAUAAUAACGGUUCGACAAUCGGAAAACGAUUUCCCACAGGAAUGAUUCAUAGGAAAUACGUAACAGUUAAGUGCAGAAUUGAAUUGAUCAGGUCCUUAUUUAUAAAGGAAGCUUUAGUAAUACGGAUGCGGGUAUUUCCUUCUAUGAGCAUUGCGAAAAAUUUGAAUAAAGAAAACGUUAUUAAGACGUGACAGUCGGAGCUUGCGAAACCUUCAAUAACAAGAUUGCUUUGGAUUUGAUGUUUCUUAACGAAGUUUCUCUUGCAAUUUUUAUACAAUUUUCCUUCGGUAUUGUGUAACCAUUCGGGAUCAGAUUUGUUGCAUGGAGAUUUCUCGAUAUGCAUAAUAAUUUAUUAAAUGGCUGAAUUUCUAUUGUGCGAUAGAUACAUAUAACAAUCUGUGUGCCGAUGAAGUGCAUCUGUUGCAGAGUGACGAUAUUUCAGUGUCCAAAAAUCAAUUUUCGUUUUUUUAUGCAACAGCUGAGAGGUGAAUUAAGAAAAUACUCAAUUGACAAGUACUUAAUUUACAAGUAUUGUAUUGAAGCUAAAAACGUUUUUAAUACGUUCAACAUAGCAGGUGUAGCUCCACUAAAAAACACAGACGUAGAGAUCAGUUUUAAAUUUACAAAAUUAAUUUUUAUAGCUUUGAUCACCCCUUGUCAUCCUUAUCUUAUAUUUUCUACCUCCAUGCAUUUUCCCUUUGAAUUCACAAAUUUACAAAUUUUAUGCUUUCUGCGGUAUGUGUUUGAAGACACAGUUGGAUUAAAAGGAUUGACCUUAAACUAAUUUUCUUCCACAUUUCCUUUUAACAUUAUUAAUAGCUUUUUUGAGAUUGUAGAUACGCAAAUGAUCUUCCAUUUUUUUUAUGAAGUCAAGCUUCAAUUAAGACUGUUUUAUAAUUCUUAAUUAACAAACCCCAUAUUUAAUACUUGAUAAGUUAAGUAAUUGUCAAUAUACAUUUCAGUUAUUGCAUAAGAACGAUAGACUUAGUACCAAAUUGUGACAGUAAUUUCAACCCAAAAGUAGAGCUUCCAAUUUCAACCCUAAAGCAGAAACAAGACCACAGUAACAAAAUUAACGCGAUUUUGCAACGUUCUCCAUAAAUUUUGCAAGCCGGUAAGGUUAAAUCCGGAACCGUCUAAGGAGAACUGUAGCAUACUUUCAUUGGCGUGGUCUGACUUGCAGGGACAUUCUACCCGGCCCCGAAGAACUUUCUAUUUGCAUUCCCCUUCGUCGCAAGUGUGAGAAUCGAUUCGAAUCUAAUGCGUCCUACGACUCGAUUCCGUGGAAAGCUAUGCACACUUGUAUGCACUGUAAACCCGUGUGGAAACACGUGGGGCAGAUCGAAAGGCGUGUACCCUCGCGAUCACGUGAAAAGAUUUCACACGCAGCCGAAAGGUUCUAUGGCGGCACUUUUACGAAUGCUUUCUCCGAUACGAGACAACAGGUCGGUUAUUGUCAAGUUCGUUAUAUUUAUCGUGUCUAUUUAAUUAGCGGUUAAGCGUUGACGGGCAUAAAAUACAACUCGCAAGAAUUAUCUGGGUAAAGGAAGAACAAGCGUUCGCAGAACAAGCGUUCACAGAAAUAGGGAUUUUAGAUUCACUUUCGAUUGGUGGAAAGUUCAAACUCUUAUUCUUGACUCAUCUUGUGGAUUUUGGAAAAUUGACAAGGUUUUUUUUGUUACGUUUCGAGUGAGAAAUGUAGGAAGGACAAUUUGGAAGUUAGCUGAACUUGUAAGGUUACAAGUGGAUCAAAUAGCAAUUUUUAUCUGAAUUGCUGAAUAACAGUUUUAGUACCAUAUUUUCAAGAUGUGUUAUUCAAGUAUUAAAUAAUAGUUCAAGUACUAUUAUCUUUUUGGAGAAAAUUUGUCUUCAAAGUUAAAAUUCAUUCAAAUUCAAAAUACUGAUCAAUCAAGCUUGCAGCCACAAAAUGGUAGUCAGUCUGCUAUUAAAUAUGGCUGCACUGUAGCAGUUAACCUCUCCAUAUCAUAACAAUUUAAUUUUAAUACCGUUCCAGUAUAUACCUUACAUAACAUAACAUUUUUACUGCACAAAACUCUUUUAUACACAAAAUGGCAGUAAAUGAAUUGUAGUGUAAACUGUAUCAGUAUCACAACAGAAGUGAUCGAUCAAAACGUACCAAAAAAAAAUGAACAAAUUUCCUAAACCUCACAAGACGAAAUAAGAACAAGAGUCCUAAAAAUGAAAAUAAUUACAGCGUUAAAAGAAUUAUGUAACGAUGUAACUCUGUAGCUUUUCUUCUUGUCGAUGGUAUCGAAAGAGUGUCGAUAUGCACUUUAUGUCUACUCACGUUGUAAAUACUUUCUUUAGCAUUAAUGUACUUAGCGUCUAUCUAGCGAUUUGUACGUUCAGUACUUUUACGGUAAGGAAUACGAACCCCUUUACGUUUAUAGUUAUUUUUAUAUUAUUUCUAAACGUGAUCGAAAGAGAAAAAAAAUAUGUAUUGUAACGAGAA